AUGCUACCAAAUCGGUUAGAAUAUUUGAAUAUUAAAAAGAAGAAAAAGAAAAAUGGUCGAAAAAGAAGAAUCGAGACGUCUGGUAUUGAACAGACAAGUUUAAUAAAAGAUAAUAAAUAUUUUGAUAAACUUCAUAAAUACGAUUUACAGCAUGUUCGAUCGUGUUUGUUAGAAUAUGCAUUCACGCGAUUUUGGAUCGAACCCUCAUUGUUACCAACGCGUUUUAUCGAUAAUGAUUUAACGUGUUUGAACAAAGGAAAUAACAUUAGCAAUAACAAUGAUGAAAGUGUGAUGAAGAAUAUUUCUAAAAGUUCUCCAUGGUACAUUAACUUUGAAACUCAAUUUUGUGUUAUUCUAAUUACUCUCAUCACCAUUUCAUUGUUGUUAUUGACGUUGCCGUUUAUUUUAAAAUCCCAACAAAAUUCUAUUCGAUACAAUAGUCAAUGUGUUUCAUUAAAUUGUAUUUCGACCAGUCAUCGACUUAUGGAAAAUAUGAAUAUAACAUUAGACCCAUGUGAAGAUUUUUUUAGUUAUGCUUGUGGUGGUUGGUACAACAAUAAAUUUCUCUCACCAAGUGAAUCAAGUUAUAAUUAUUUUAAAGAAAUUUAUCGAAAAAAUUUGGAAACAUUAUAUUCUAUUUUAAAGGAGCCAGACACAAAUUAUCAUGGAUCACAUUCAACGUCCAUAUUGAAAGCAAAACAAUACUACAAUGUCUGUAUGAACACGUACAGAAAUGAAAGAACGGCAGAAGCAACAAUGAAAACUUUUUUAACACAUCUAGGUAAAUCACCAUUAUUUGUUGACCAUUGGUCAUCAUCGAACGAUUUUGACCUAUUAAAUAGUCUAUUGUACGUACAUAAAUAUAAAAUGAAUCCAUUGUUUCGUGUUGGUAUUACAGUUGAUGAUAAAAAUAACGAUAAACAAUGUAUCUAUUUUGAACAAUCCGGUCUCUCAUUUGAUCAACGUUCACGUUAUUAUAAUAAUGAUAUAAGAAAAUUAUUCAAAACAUUUGGAGCAUCUGUAGCCAGUCUCUUGCGUGGUAAUAAUGCAAAUAUAAAAGUUCAACAAACAUGGUUAGAUCAAGUAGAUCAGGUAUUUUUAUUUGAAAAACGUUUAUCAGAAAUAUUUGAAAGACGAGAAUCAUUAAAUCCAUCAAAAUUAUAUAAUGUUCGAUCGUAUAAUGAAAUUCAAUCGUGGUUUUAUCCCUGGUUAAAUAUUGAUGUUUAUUUGUACAAAUUAUUUCAACCGUAUAUUCAACAUCAACAAAUAAUAAGACAACAGUCUAAUUUACCAUAUGGUAACACAAGUUUUUUUCAAAAUCAACGUAUUCUCGUUCCAUCACCAAGAUAUUUUCAACAAUUAAAUCAAAUUUUGUUAAAAACACCGGUACAUAUCAUUGCUAAUUAUAUUUCAUUACAAGUUGUACAAGAAUUAUUACCAUGUAUGCCUCAAGUCUAUUUACAAGCACGAAAACCAUUACUGAACUAUUUAAAAGAUAUUACCGAAGAACGACAACAGUGGGAAUUAUGUGUAAAAAGAACGGAUGAGGCAUUCGGCUUUGCAACAGGUGCUUUAUUCAUAUAUAAAGCAUUCGAUCAAACAAGUAAAAAGAAAAUUAAACAAGUUGUAGAAGAAAUACGAACAGCAUUUAUCGAUAAAUUACCCACUUUAGAAUGGAUGGAUCCUGAAACUCGUAAACGUGCACAUAUCAAAGCGACAAUGAUAACAGAUCGUCUAGGUUAUCCCGAUUGGUUAGAAAGCUCUCAUAACAUUGAUAAAUAUUAUGAAAAUUUACAUAUAUCAUUCAACAGUAAUACUGUGGAAAAUGUGUUACGUGUAAGAAAAUUUUAUAAAACAAAAAAUUUAGAAAAAUUUGGUCAACAACCCGAUAUUGAAGAAUGGAAAAUGACACCAACCGAAGUUAACGCUUAUUAUGCUCCGUGGAAAAAUAUGAUCGUUUUUCCUGCUGGCAUACUACAAACGCCAUUUUUUGAUGCAAAUAUUCCAAUAUCGUUAAACUUUGGUAGCAUUGGAAGUAUUGUAGCACACGAACUUAUUCAUGGAUUUGAUGCUAGUGGUCGAUAUUUUGAUGAAAAGGGCAAUCGUCAUAAUUGGUGGCAAACCGAAUCUGUUAGUCGUUUUGAUGAAAGAACAAAAUGUUUUGUUCAACAAUAUUCUAAAUAUAAAGUUGGAAAAAAGUAUAUCAAUGGUUUAUUAACACUUGACGAAAACAUAGCAGAUAAUGGAGGUGUACGAAUUUCUUAUACAGCUUAUAAACGCUAUUUAAAACGUCAUAAUGUUCAAUCGACUAUGCAAUUACCCGGUUUAAACUUAACUGAAGAACAAUUAUUUUUCCUUGGCUUUGCUCAAACAUGGUGUAUAAAAACAACAGAAAAAGAAGCUGAAGCAUCUUUGAUAAGUGAUACACAUUCAUUUCCAAAAUAUCGAGUCAUUGGAACAGUGAGUAAUAUACAAGAGUUUUCAGAUGCAUUUCAAUGCCCACAAGGGACAAAUAUGAAUCCAAAUAAGAAAUGUCGUAUAUGGUUCACAGCAACCGAUAAAUAA